UCGGCCUCCAGCUGCCCUCCAUUCUAUAUCCUGCCCCUCCCCCUUGAGUUAGCCUUGGGGGACAAAGGGGGUGCCAGAGCCAGGUUUCCCAGGACUGGAGGGAGCCCGCAGGCUCAGAGUGCUGGGGGACAAGCAGACCUGGAGAGGCUGAGGGCCCGGGUGACAGAGGUGACGCCAUGUGGCAGCUGCUGAUGCCUCUGGCCCUGUGGCUGGGCGUGGUGGGCCUGGGCAGAGCUGAGCUCACAGCGGCGCAGCAGCGGGGCCUGCAGGUGGCCCUGGAAGAAUUUCACAAGCACCCGCCCGUUCAGUGGGCCUUCAAGGAGACCGGUGUGGACAGUGCCACGGAAACGCCCUUCCCCGCAGGGACCUUUGUGAGGCUGGAAUUUAAGCUCCAGCAGACAAGCUGCCGGAAGAAGGACUGGAAGAAAGCGGAGUGCAAAAUCAAGCCCAGUGGGAGGAAGCGGAAAUGCCUGGCCUGCAUCAAGCUGAACUCUGCAGAUAAAGUCCUCGGCCGGAUGGUCCACUGCCCCAUACACACGCAGGUUCACCAGCAGGAGCCCGAGGAGCACCAGGAGGCCCAGUGCGGCAGGGUGGAGCGCGCGGGCGAGGACCCCCACAGCUACUACUUCCCAGGACAGUUUGCCUUCUUCAAGGCCCUGCCCCCCAGCUGAGGCCUGAAGAAUUUCGUCCUGCUUCCCGGACAGCUGCAGGAGGUAACCGGUGAAAGACUGACCUGCUGUCCCUGAGCCCAGGGAGGACAAUCCCAUCAUCCCCGAGCUAAUAAACUGCUCUCCCAGA